UCAUAAACUUGAGAAUAAAUCACCGAUUAGGGCGAUUUUGGAAGUUGGGGAAUAAUUUUGUUACCGGUGGCUUUUACAAUUUACCUAAAUCAACCCAGCCGAAGUGCUUCGUACCCUCAUGAACGUGAUAUCUGCCUGCACCAAGGUCUACGGGUAGAGUCUUAUCCAUAUCUAUCUUCUUGCCACUGAAUUUCCGAGUCUGCCUCAACAGCAGAACUCAUUCAAAUUAACAUGGCCUUCACUUCCACUCUUACCGCUACUUCUUCAACCUCUCCCCUCUCCUCCAAACCCCUUUCCCUUCCUCAAUUCACCCCUCACAUUUCCUUCCCCUUUACGCUCAGAUCCUCCAAAUCCCUCUUUUCUCCCGACGGAAUCGGCCCUGCUUUGGGACUCGGAUUAUCCGUGAAAGCCCAAACUCUUGAAUUUUCAGGCUCGUUCUUCCAAGGUGGGUUCGGGACUGAGGAUGAACCCCCUGCUUCUCCGGGGACAGGCUUCGCUGUUGACCUUGAAGAUAAGGAGGAGCCUCAAUGCCCUCCUGGACUUCGGAAGUACGAAUCUAUGGUGGUUCUGAGGCCUGACAUGUCUGAAGAUGAGAGACUCGCUCUCACCCAGAAAUACGAAGAGUUGCUUGUUGCUGGGGGUGGCAUGUAUGUGGAGGUAUUCCACAAAGGGGUGGUUCCACUAGCAUAUAGCAUCAAGAAGAAAAACAAAGCUGGUGAAACAAACACUUACUUGGAUGGAAUCUCUCUCCUCUUCACCUACUUCACAAAACCCGAAUCAAUGGGAGUUCUCGAGGCAGCGCUUCAAGCAGACGACGACGUUGUUCGAUCAAUGAGUUUUAAGGUAAGGAAACGAAAGUACUAAGCAUGGGAUUGUAAUAAAAUUUGUUGGUCUUUUUUCACAUCAAUUUUAUUCAAAGCAAUGGAAGAGAUGUGUAGUUGCAGUUUGUGGUUUUCCUUUCCAGAAUGAGUGCCUGCUAUUGUGACAACUCUUUAUGGCCAUUUAGGCUUUUAUCCAUAACCAUCUGAUUGGUGCUGUGUUUA